AUGAGCGCCUUCAGUUCCAACUGGUUGAAACUGCAGUCGCAGCUUCCGACAUCAAAACGGAAGGGCGCCCGGUUGCCAAAGGGCAAGAGGAAGUCAGAAGAUGCCGAGGGAGAAGCACAACAAUUCAGCAAAAAAAACAAACGUGGAAAUGCUGAGACUGCCCAGGUCAAGAAAGGCAAGAAGAAUCGGAAGGCCCCUUCUCUGACAUCCAUGAUUCAGCUUGAACUCGGCAGAUGGGAAAUCAUGGACAGCUUGGUGGAGGCCUAUGACCAGCACGUUUCACCAGUUCUGGGAGGUAACAGCACUUUGCGAAAUGAGCAGAAGCGGAAGCGGCACUUGGAAUCUUGGCUUUGGUCGCGGCUCUUCUUUCCACUGCUUCCAUUGGGAGAACCGACGACCACGGCCAUUUCAGCAGGGGAUGAAGCCUUGCAGCGGAAACUGUGCAAUGCCGGGCUCUCCAAGAAGGAAGCCCGGCGUCGAAUCGAACGACUCGCAACAGUCUUGUCCAGCGAAAUUCCGAGUUCAACGGAGAAGAUCGUUGUGCAGGUGGAAGAAAACACGAUGACAACACUGAAGUGUGGCAAGAGACAAGUGCAGCUCCUGCGAGAGUACUUUGCAAAACUGAAGAGUUUGACUCAGCGAAAGGCGGAAGACUUCAAUCAGGCUGCUUUUCUGGUCUUAGCCAGAUAUCGCAUUUUGCAGGUCCAUGACAAAGGUGGCGGUAACCAGGGCGCAAUCCCUCCAGCGGUGUUCAAUGCUUUGAGAGAAUGGUGGCCACAUUCAGAGCCUGUCGAAGCAUUUGCAUCCCCUUUGAACACAUUGGCUGGAAAGGGAAGUUAUCACAGCGCUUUCAGCGACACUGAUCGCAUCUUCGGUUCCAGAGGAUCCUUCUUUGAUUCGAGCUUUGAGGAAGGCUUGGUCGAAGUGAAUCCUCCGUUUGACGAAUACUUGGUGUUGCGCGCUGCGAACUUUUGUCGAAGCUGCCUGGAGGAAGCUGAGCUUGGACAGAAAUCCUUGGCCUUUGUGAUCAUCAUUCCAGAGACAGAUUGGCCAGGCCAUGCCGCCUUUCUUCAGUCGAAGUUCAAGAAGUGGUCCCUGUCUCUGCCCAGUGGAAGUCAUUUCUACCAAGUUGGAAAUCAACAUGUGAAUCGUCAACGUUCGUAUCCAGCUUCCCGCAAUACCACCGUGUUGCUCCUGGCUUCGCCGAUGAUCAAAAAGACCAAGCUCUUGCGACACCGGAUCGAUGAAGCCUUUCGACUCCGUCCAUGACAGGGCGCAGGGCAUCGUGUGCAGUUUCAAACACCGUGGAGAUUGACUUCAGGGGGACGGCAGUCUGUAGAUUCGCUUGAGGUCCACAAGAUGGCUGGUAGAGGAUGGUAGAGCUGGUGGAAGACGGUGGUUUCCACACCGGUGACCACACUGGUGUUGCUGGGGAAUUGCAUGGAAAUGACAAAGAAGAGGAUGUAGUUGCGGCUUCAUCAAGGCUAUGAAACUACUUUUCUGUACAAGGUGAUGAAAAUCAAGAAACGAAGAGCAGAGGUGGCCAGGAACUCUACAUGUUCUGCCAACCAUUGCACUGAAAAUUGGUGGCGAUGAACUUCCGCGGGGCAUGCUUUGGUGAGCUUAGUUGCUCAAUGUCUUUGAGUUACUUUGAGUCACCUUGACGCCUGGACCUAGGCAGCGCUUCAGAUAGUCAAGAAGGAACACUUGCCUCAUCGAGUUUGAAA